AGGGAGGUGAAGGCUCCAUCCUCACUCCCAUCAAAAUAGCAACGAUAUUAAUUUUCUUAUGAAAAACACGUUUAUUUAUUUUAAUUUGUAAUCAAAAGUGACAUCCAUAUACCCAAUCCUAGUCCUGACUCAUGCCACGCGAGUUUCCAUCUGGUCUUUGCAUGGUCGAUCUUCUUCAACCUUACCAUCCCCAAAAUAACCAUCACACCUCCUCUCACGUUAGCCUCCACCACCACCUCCCACACUCACUGUCACUCUCCAAAUCCUUAUAUAUUGCAAACAAUCCCCAACUCAAUUUCUCCUUAACCUUCACUCAUUCGACUCACCCACCACCACCACCACCACCAACAACAACAACAACCUUGUUAAUUAAUCACAAAAACAAAACCAAACACUCGUAAUUGACAAACAAAAAUUUUCACUUUCUAUUUCGAUUCCACAAUGAUGGACUCCGAAAAUCACACCUCAGAGGAACACCUACACCCUCUUUCCUCAUCAAAAGAAGAAUUAGAAAACCUCCACCUCCACGAAAACAACGAAUAUGAUCCCUUAAUAACUAAAUCGUACUCUAACUACCGGAGCGUCAUGUCCACGCUCUCCGAUUCUCACAAUCAUCCUCUCUCUCCUCCGAGUCUCGUCUCUCCUGCCGACUCCGAUCCACUCCUGUCUCCACCGCUAAACUACCGCGAAUUUCCAAACCCUAAUUCCACCGAUACUUCCUCUUACAUCGACCCUCCCUCCUACGCAGACGCAAUUUUCAGCAAUUUCGACGGCGAGACAUCUUCUAACGGCACCGAUACACCUACACGAAGCUCCUCCGAUGGAAUCUACUUCUCGAGAUCCGCGUCUUCGAAUUCGGAGUAUUUGAAAAUAACCGUUUCGAAUCCGAUUAAGGAGCAAGAGAAUUCGAAUUCGAUUGUUCCUGGUAGUAGUAGUUACGUGACCUAUUUGGUUACGACUAGAACGAAUAUUUCGGAGUUUGGAGGUUCGGAAUUCGGUGUCCGGCGAAGGUUUAAGGAUAUAGUGACACUUUCCGAUCGGUUAUCCGAGGCGUAUCGUGGAUUUUUUAUACCUCCGAGGCCGGAUAAGAGUAUUGUGGAGAGUCAGGUGAUGCAGAAACAGGAAUUUGUGGAGCAGAGGAGGGUGGCAUUGGAGAAGUAUCUUCGGAGAUUGGCAGAUCAUCCGGUGAUUCGAAAGAGUGAUGAGUUUAGGGUGUUUUUGCAGGUUCAGGGAAAGCUGCCAUUGCCAACCACGACCGAUGUGGCAUCGAGGGUUUUGGAUGGUGCGGCAAAGCUUCCGAAACAGUUGAUGGGGGAUAGUUUGAUUGCUCCUAGUGAGGUUGUGCAACCGGCGAAAGGAGGAAGGGAUUUGAUGAGGUUGUUUAAGGAGUUGAAACAAUCAAUGGCUAAUGAUUGGGGAAGUUCUAAGCCACCGGUUGUUGAGGAAGAUAAGGAGUUUCUUGCAAAGAAGGAAAGGAUUAGUGAGCUUGAACUGCAAAUCAAUGGUGCAUCUCAGCAGGCUGAAUCACUUGUUAAAGCACAACAAGAUAUGGGAGAGACAAUGGGUGAAUUAGGGUUGGCAUUUAUUAAAUUAACAAAAUUUGAAAAUGAAGAAGCAGUUUUGGACUCUCAGCGGGCACGAGCUGCUGACAUGAAAGGUGUAGCAACAGCUGCUGUGAAAGCUAGCAGAUUAUUUCGAGAAUUAAAUUCUCAAACUGUGAAGCAUUUGCAGGAUACGCUUCACGAAUAUCUUGGAUUAAUGUUGGCUGUUCACAGUGCAUUCACGGAUCGCUCAAGUGCACUAUUGACAGUACAAACUCUUCUAUCAGAACUGUCUUCUUUGCAAUCAAGAGCCGAAAAACUUGAAGCGGCUUCAUCUAAAAUAUUUGGCGGUGACAAAUCACGGAUUCGUAAGUUAGAAGAGCUACAGGAAACCAUAAGAGCCACAGAAGACGCCAAAAAUGUUGCAAUUAGAGAAUACGAGCGGAUCAAGAGGUGGGUUGCAUGAUAACUAAAAGUUUGGGGAUCAGUUCUUCUGAGGUUGCUGGGACCUCUGAAGUGAAAGGUGAAAGACUCCAGAAUUCAUUUCAUCUACUUGUGAUGUGUGCGGAGAAGAUAGAAGCCUCUGCCAAGGAAGAUACCAAGAGGUGUGAUUCAGGGGGUGCGUUAGCUGCCUGUGGUCUUUUGGCUAGAAAGGCUGGUAAUAUCUGUCUCAUGUUUCCAGGUUUAUACAUGUAACAGCUAAAGCUUAAGGAGGAGUCUCAAAUAUUACAGUUAUUAAGUUAUUAGUCUUAUUGUUGGUGAGCUUUUGGCUUGUAGUAGUACUGCUACUUGACCUAAUUACUAGUAUAACAAGGAGUUUAAGAUUUGGGGAUUUAAUUAAUUGCAUGUGUUGAAGUUAUAGGAUUUAGAUCUUUAGGUAUAGAGGGAGGACAAAUAAAAUAAAUUUUCUAAUAAAACUACAUUGAAACAGGAAAGCAUACUUGGGUCGU